AUGUCAAAUGGCAAGUCGCCUCCAGCCACAAACCCUUCGCUACUUUACCAACUUGAUACCUACAUGCCCCCACAAUCAGAUAACCAGUUCCUGUCACCCUAUCAUGACGCACCAGGAUCGCUAUCGCGAUGGCGACCUGCAGCUCUAUGCUAUGGUGAGCAAGUCCGCAAAUCGAUCGGAAUCACCGAUGGUCGAGCCCAUAUCGAUCAGUCAAGACAUGCGUCGGCCCAGCAGCCGAGUAUUUUAUCCGCUUCACCGACCGACGUCCUCAAAUUGAUCGAAGUCAACGAACAACUCUCGACGCUGUUGACUCAAGGAUUCGGUAACAGACACGAUCCCCAUUCUGAUCACAAAUCAGAAGGUGUCGCGCUCCAUGACCCAAGAUACAAGGAGGCAGAGGUACAAUCAGGGAAGACCAUCGCCUCUUUGAUCGCUGCUAUCAACCUUGGAAAGAAUCAUUGGCACAGUUCAUGGGAUCCACUAGCUGAGGAGGCAGAAAAAUCUGUUUCACCCUACGUCAGCGGGCCGAUGCGAAUUGGCAUUGUAGGCGAAACUGGGCAAGGUAAAUCUUGCCUUAUCGGAGGUCUGUUAGGCGACGAGGGUGUUGUCCAAACCGCAAAGAGUGGCGAGAGCAUGACCAGAGUGAUUCUGGAGUACCAUCACUGGAUCGAUCACGACUCACGUUUCAAAUACCGCGCAAUCAUCUCUUUCCUCCCGUGGGAAUCUGUACAGAAGCGAAUCGAGACGUACUUCGAACACUGGAACCACGGGCUUUUGUCACAUGAAGACGAGAGCGAGCAUGAAGAUGAAGAAGGAGAUCAAACCCCAGAUCCCGCAGGCCCAGAUUCUCCAGGGGCAGAUACGGAAACAGCUACAGGGGUGUUCCACGCACUCUUCCGUGGAGACCCCAGUUUUGAGGACGAAGAGACCAUGAAGGACUACCUGUUGAGCAGUGAACGGGCACCUGACGUCGGCCUGGUUCCCAGUAGGCACACUAAGUUCAGCCCAGACGAGAAGCAUACGUAUGUGAGGCUUCACGAGAAACUCAAACAGCUUCAACAAGAAGAGUUGAGCCCGUCCGCAGCUGAAGCUAUACUACGCAACCAGUUGAAGCAAAAGCAUAUCAAGAAAGCGUACGUGUAG